AUGGUAAUUGUCAGUGUAUCUUGAUAUCUCUCUCCUGAGAUGGUUGAAAAUUUCUCGUCACCGAAACGAAGUACAAUUACAUGGCCCACAUUACUUGACUAUACCAAAAUCGAUUGCCAGCGAAUCCUAAGGCGACUUGAACUGGAAGCCUACGCAAAAAUUGUCACUGUAUUCCGAGCUCAGGGCCCGUUAACCGGUGAAAAGCGGAAGACUCUCCAGGAUCUUCAACGUCUUUUAAGCAUCGCCUCAGACAGGCAUAAGGCCGAGGUCCGCCGGGCCCUAAACGACGAAGAGUUGGCCACAAUUUGCGAAUCGUUUGUUUUAUAUUCUUUUCAGUUACCAAUAUCUUUUAAGCAUCUAUGGUAAAGAGACCGAUGACGCAUGGAUCUUGGAGGGGAAACGCAUUGCCCCCCUUCUCGACAGAGGCAUUCCCCAGACUGCAUUUUUGCCCCGCGCCAACCUAGCGUCGGCGAAAUGGGCCGAGUUAAAUUCAAAGUUGCCACGACCUUUUGACACGGCAGACAAGGCAGAAGAGCCAGGUCGAGAUACCGAUUGGGUUCGAUCCGACGAACGCAGAAGCGCUGCCACCGGAGUAAGUUUUUGUUGAAAUUUGUAUUUUGAUCAAGGCCACAUUCCUAGCUAGCUAGGAAUGAUCACCAUCACUCCAGUCGAUUUUCCUUUUUACGAUAUCUCGUUGCAGUUCGCAUCACCUAGACAAGGAUAUGCUUAUGGCUUAUGAUCCGUUUACUUGUCUGUGCGAGUCACUAGCAAAACAUUUAUUUUUCUUCUUAGCAUUAACUUGGAUAAGCUGCUGAAAAUAAUUGGCGUUUGUGCCCUUUUCAAUUCUCUUUCUCUGGAAUAGUCGUGUCUGUCAUUACGUCUUUCUGCAUCUUUCGCUGUUCUGUGAGAUGCCAGAUAAACGCCAGUUGGAGGCUCAACAACCAGCUCCUGUUCCCAGUUUAAGGAUCUUUCCUAACGCCAGCAAUGCUUUUUACGUCUUUUAAGCGAUGUAUUCUUUUGCAAACCUAAGGAGAACGUGACGAGUCCUGUUCCGGAGGCCGCAAUGGAGGUGACUUGUGAAGCAGACAUCUCCAAAACUUCUGCAAGUCAGUCUGAAAUGGAGAAGGAUGCGAAUGACAAUGUUCCCAUAGGAUGUAACGAAAGUGCUAACAGUCUUCUGUGUCUUCCAGAUAAUUCUACCGCAACUUCCAUUUUGGUUGAUGCAGAUAAACAGACAAGGAUUGAAGAAACCCUCUCAAAGUCCAUGUUUCCUCUUUCUUCCAUCAAAACCUCGGCAGAAAAAGAGCCGAGUGGACUGCUCCAAGCCUCAAAUGGAUGCCAGUCUUACGCGCACUCAAACGCCGACUUUUCACCUACGGUAUUUUGGCAUAUGUCGCUGUUACUAUUUAAGUGUUGUCGUUUUUUGCGUUCUCUUAACUUAACCAUGUCCUUAUUUUAAAGGCGAAGAGACGAAUUUACGGUUUACCAUCGCAACCCCGUCUCCCUGGUUCUGAUGAGGCGCCCAGCAAUCGACAACCCGUGCCUUUGUCUACCGGCCUUCCUACAGACCAUAGUAAGCCUGGAGAAGUCGGGGGUUUGAGCAAUGGAGUCACGCCCUUAGUGUCUCAGUCACGCAGCAUUAUCUUUGGCCCCAGCUCGAAUGUGAUAUCAAGUGUCACACCCACUACCACUUCUUCUAACAAUUCUCAGGGUAAGAGAAAAUACUCCAGGCCUUAAUGUUUUCUAAAGGAUAGCUUUUACUUAAACGGCACGUUUUUAGAAAUUUUCUUUUAACUGCAAAAGCGGUUUAUUUUAUCAUUUAAAACGUGCUGUAGUUUAUGCAAUGUCUUGCACACAAGUUUGUGCUCUUUCAAAUCCACGGCUGGCCCGGCUGGUUGCGCGCCACAAUUCAAUCGCCCCUCGAAUGAUCAACGUCAGUUGCAGUCAGCCGGUGGAGCAUUUCAACGACAAGUUUAGCCAGUCCACAAACACGUAAAUCUAACACCUCGGUUUACUGUUACGUGCAAUGGCUCGCAUAACUAAUAAUCUAGCCGGCUUUAGGACUGCCACCUCGUCCCAUUCUUACAUCUUAAUUAUUUUUCUAAACGAAUUUAAGUUAACAUAAAUUGUUGGUGUUGGGCGUAGUGCAGGUCAAACCAAUUUUCUUCUGAGAGUUCAGCCUGUUUGUGACAUUUUCACGGUGGUUGCAAUUAACGGUUUAAGGCGAGGGCGGUGGUGCCAUUUGCCUAAACCACCAAAGUUGCCACCCCGAAUGACGAACGGGUCUUUCAGAUUGCUACGGUGGACUAAAAUGGACAUAUUACAUUAAUACCACUUUCAUGAAGCAACGGUGUUCAAUCAAAUUAAACGUCUCUUACUUUCUGUCCCAAUCUAAAGUUUGCAGGCCACUGUAGAGCGGAUGACUAGACAGCUCGCACGAUGUUCCUUGAGUUUUUCCGAAGUAUUGUAAGGAUCAGACUAAAUCUAUCUAUUCAGUAACCCCCUGGCGUUUACCUUAGGAAGUGGUGUGGUUUCAAGUCACCUAAUGACUAACCUUUUUUACUCGGCUGCCGUUGUGAUGCUAGUUUAGGUUGGCUUCGUCUGUCCAGUUAGGUACCUUGGAAGUCCCGGAACUUCUAAUCGAUGUCGAGUUUAUGCUAAGGCAAAAAGGGCCCUGCGAGAGAACUCAACUUCAGCGUAAUCUAAAAUACAACUCAAGAGGUCACUUAAACUGUUGUGCUCCAGUCUUUUGGCUCCGAUACGCCCGAAUAGGUCUGAAUGGAAACAAACUUCCUUCUGGGCGAUCGUCAUUUUUUGUUGUUUUCCAAACUUAAUCAUGAUGCACUAAAUAAAACGCUCUACCACAGUUUGUUUAACAGCCACUGAAGCGUACAGUUACUAUCACAUAGCUCCCCUUUUAUCUGUCCAAAUUCGUUGACACACUAGAUCUUCACGCCCUGAUCAGCGUAGUCGUACCUUGGUCUUGACUGUUGUCGCCUUUGCCCAGUAACCGUUCUCCGAGUCAGCUCAAACGUCCGUGAUGGCGUACAAAAUAAGGAGCUUCUCUCUUAGAUUUCCUUUUUGAAAUAACUGAAAGUGGCUUUGUUUGCCUCUGCAAAGGAUGCCGGUAGUUAUGAAGCACCUGCUCUCUUUUUGACAGCCCUCCAAAUGACCAAAGUUUUGGGAACCUCUUUCGGUCCGGAUGAGACGAUGACGAGCCGUCUUCAGCACAAUACAACCACCAUUGCGGUUACAGGCGCAAGUGGAACUUCUACUCUUGUGCCUCAACAAUCGGUUGUCACUACCUCUCCAGCUCGACUGAUGAAGACACAUAUUUUCCAUCCUCAACAACCCCAACAAAUUUACAGUUACGCAAGCUUCGCUAAUGCAAUUCCUGUGGCAUCUGGCUCAGUCGCUCAGCUGCCAUCCCCUAGUCUACCAUCCGACAAUAAGAAACAACCUGUCGUUAUCCAACAGACCGGCGGUGCCGCCACGUCUGGCAACGUCAUUGUUGUUCACCGAGGUACUUUCCAAUGCUUUUGGACUGACAUCCUCCCCCCCCCCCGUUUAUCGACUAACCUUUAUCUGGAACCAUAUUUUUAUAGACGUCUAGGUGAUCGUAUCCUCUUGCAAGAGCCCGAUUAUCAUAAGUAAACACUUGGUAAACGAUAUGGUUCGUGGUUACUCAAGUUCUGGCAAAGGUGAAUCACGAUCCAGUAUGCAGACGUACAGCUAGGUACGUAACUCGCAAGGCUGGAACUGUUGGCCAAUUUCGUAAUCUUUCUGGUAGCUUUGCUUCCAAGUCCACACUGAAGGACGUCUUAAGUCGCCGUGACCAUUCCAGUCUCUCUUCACUUCGACGUUACUCGUCCGACAUUAUUACUGUUCGCUGUGCGACUACCUGCGAGGACUCUUGAUUGUUCCCCACUGCACAAAUGACGACCAUGCUUUACACUGUAACGUGAUUGCUGAGCGGUCCUCAAAUGCUGUUUAAGAUUUCGAUCACAGCCGUCAGUAUACUAGGUCUGUGGCAUAAUGGCUGUGAGUUAGAUUUAGCACCCCGGUGACCGGAGUCCGGAUUAUCUGAACCUGGGAUGGGGGGCAUGGUUGGGUGACGACGGUCAAUAAACCGAGAACCGCCAUACUUUGUCAUUGUCAGUAUUCGUUCUGAAUAUUAGGUAAUAAGUUAAAAACGCUGGUAAGCCCACAGCCGCGGGCGUUUGCUUAUAAGUGGAUGGCGUCAUCAAAAAUCAGCAAAAAUUACCUGGGACGUUUUGCAGGGACUUUGCUGAACGCCCUCACACUUAGUUGCUCGACGUCAUAGUAACCCUCGAAUGGUCAUCCUUUUAUCAUCAUAUCGACUAGAAACCUCACGAGGUUCAAUCCUAUUUAUCGGAAUUCUUACCCGUUUUCACUGCUCUGACUCGUCUCAUGAAGGUGCAUCUGGCCGACUGAUUGCUGGUGGUGCAUCGUCGGCCAUUCACGGUAGUGGCAUUACCCAUACGGCUUCCACUGCUGUUGCUGGCCAACCCUCCUCAACGGUGAUGCCUAUCGCUGGUGCAACCACUCCUUCUGGCAAGCCAUUACGCAUUCUCAGCGUCCCCGCUUCCAUCAUGUCGGCGUCGUCAAAUACAUAUACGCCUACUUUUCACCAGACCUUCUCUGUUUCCCAACGAACUGCACCCUCAAUCGGUGGGGUAAGUUGGGCUGCUUACUGCUUGUCGGCUGCACACUGGCAUUGUAUCCGUUGCUGCCGCAGCUCAUUUCUUUGUUGUCUGCUGUUAGCACCUCUCCGCUUCGCUCUCCUGAUUUGUGGCUUCGCGUUUUCACCCUUUUGCAUGCUUAAUUCUGUGCUCCGAAGCGCAGAACUGUCUCUCCUGUCAGGAUAGGACUGCAUAUGUUAUCUGCUGUCCGUUCGACUGGCAGUCCAUCUAUUUCUCACAGGAUCCUUGUUUUCGUCCUCAGCUUGACCAUACGUGCGCCGUUUUUCCCCGCAAUGAAAGUCACCUGCAUAAUUUUAUCUUCCGCCGGUGUGUCCGUGUUGUCAUUGCGUGGUCAGAGCCCCCCUGAUUCCCGUUGUUGGACUAUUCUUUUAUCGUAAACUGUCGGUUCGUGUUGUGCAGUGCCCUUUGCCUAUAAAAAUUGUCAUUUUAAGAGGUGUAGAAGAGACUGUGCGGGAGAAGUGAAUGGAAUUUACAACAAAAACUUUGCUUCUAAUGGCUCAGUCGAAGCUCCUCCCCGUUCCCCAGUUUACCUGUGUCCUUUUGUACUUAAAUAUCCAUACGUACUCAUUUUUGUCUCACCAUACCGCCUGAUACUGCCUGUAGUUUAUACUGGCGCCUUUUUAUUUACCCAAGUCAGUGCUUGCACCUUAUCCGUUGAAUUACUCCUCACUAAGAGCACAGCCUUCCCUUCUGGACUUAACAUUAUAGAAAAAAGAGAAGCGCGCCUGAGACUAAAGUUGUAUUUGCCAAAACGAGUACGCAAGGUUCCGUAUAGGAAAGAAUACUUUGGUGCGGUUACUCUACCGUAGUUGACGUUAAUGUACUAGCCUCUUAACUCCAAUAGCCUGAUACGCUGCCGAUGUCAGAUUGGCUCCUGGCACGCAUUUAUCGGGCUGGCCCGAUUAAAUGCAAUGUCUAAAACCUAUUUUGAUAAUAUGCCUACUGACUGAAUCUAAGUAGAUCGUUUAUAUUCGUAAUCAAUUUUAGCCGCGACUCUUAUUUUUAGUCGAAUAAAAAAGUAAAAAAGAGUCGCGGAUAAAAUUGGUAACGAAUGUAAACCAGCUACUUAAAUUCAGACAGUAGGCAUAUUAUCAAAAUAAGUUUUAGACAUUGCAUUUAAUCGGGCCAGCCCGAUAAAUGCGUGCCAGGAGCCAAUCUGACAUCGGCAGCGUAUCAGGCUAUUGGAGUCAAGAUGCUAGUACAUUAACGUCAACUACGGUACAGUAACCGCACCAAAGUAUUCUUUCCUAUACGGAACCUUGCGUAUUCGUUUUGGCAAAUACAGCUUUAGAACACAGCCUUUCGACAGGAGCUUAUGCCGACGACCCUUAACGAGCUUGUUCAACACAACUUCAGUGUUAUGGGUUUUGCAUUGUCUCCAAAUGGUCACGUGGAGCCGGUUUUGGUUGGUAGCUUUUUGAUGUACGUUUUUGAAAGGUGGUUAUGGGAAAAACUCGACGCUUUUUGUCAAAGCAUUAGUAGGCCAUGUGCCUCACGCGCUAUGCAUAAGUUUGCGAGAGUCCUCUGAUCAGUCGGAAAUCGGCUCAACUACACUUAACAAAACACCCAGUCAUUGAUGAACGACCAUCAGUUAAAUGAAGACACAAGAGAAGUGUUGGGGGUAAUAUUACGUUGGUCUCCGUAAGGGGAAUACCGAAAGCUCGAAUAUUUGUAUCAAAUGAGCAAGCGUUACUUUUGUAAGAACAUUAAGUCUGCAUAUGUAUAAAAUUGAAUAGCUAGAAAAACAUAGGCGCAGAAACCCUUAAAAACCACUUGAAAUAGUCUUCAGAGUAAAUAUCAUCAAAGGAUUAAUGUAGUUUGACAGUUACUCACCCGGAUAGAGAUGCCACAGGAAUAGACGUUUUCGUCAGACCACACGUCGAUAGGCCGGCCAGUGACUUAGACAUUAACACUAGCAAGUGCAAUCAUAAGCAUACCGUCUUCUAUGCGGUAAGAAAUUUUUUUCUGUAAAUUUAAUGCAUGCUUUCUGGAAACUAAACCACCCUGGCUUCCAAGGCGUUCUGGGAUUAUCAGUGAACUCUGAGGUUUCCAGCGUUUUUAAUCUAGUGUUCAAAAUGCUGGGCUCUAUAAGUUUUUUAUCAUAACUUUAUAAAUAAGACAGUCCUUGGAAGCUUUUUACCUAAGUUGUGAGUCCUCGGAUGUGUUAUUCCCCAUGGAGGCGGUGGUUUGGGUGAUACUUAUAGACUAACCUGAACAUGAAACUUAAUCCUCGAUUAAAAUUGACAUUCACAACGAAGGCACGUGGUGAGUGGGCUCUUGAUCAAAUGAAAAACGUCACAGAUAGAUUUCCAUGCCGUGUUGUGAGGCUCGUUGGAGACCUCUUCGACAUACGCCCAAACGCUGUUGUUGAGGGGAUUUAAGUCUGGUGACGAUGGUGGCCACACACCCCUGGGUUAGAAAUAAGGCAUGUGGUCCUCUAGCCACUUCUACGUCUUCCGUGACAUACGUGUAGGCGCACCAUCUUGCUGGAAGGCCACAUUGUUGUCUAGAGUGUAGUUGGAAUCUAUCGAAGGCUUGGCAUGCUUCUGAAGAACAUCCAGGUACACGUCUGUGUUCACUUUGGCCCCGACUUUGAUGAACACAGGGGGCAUGACUUUGCCGUCUGGGGAAUCAGGCGAAAGACCAUCAUAGACGCUGGAUACUGGGUCUGAAACUUGUACUUAGCAUUCUCAGGUACCUCGUUGACCUUCGGGGGACUUAUGUAGCUAGCUGUUCGUCUGUUGGACACCGAAUCGACUGUGAAAAGUUUUUCGUCGGAGUAGAGCACCGUGUAUUGUUCUCUCUUGAGGAAGUUGGAGAUUCUCUUCUUUCUAGUCUCUUCUCUUUCACAGCCUCAAUAACGAGAUGCUUCUUGGUCCUAGCCCUUGAGUUAGCCAUCAGGUCCUUUUUCAUGACAUUCCUGACCAUGUGCUCCGACACCCCAAGCUCCAAAGCAAUCUUCCUCAUGUUGCGGACAGGAUUGCUACGAAUACGAUUCCGGACAGUCCCUAUAAGACGAGAGAUUCGAAUUUUUUUGUUCUUUCAUUUCCGGGCCUCCUGUCGAUGCGGCCGAACUUCUUAUAACGGUCGAUGAUGGUGUAAACUGUCGACCUGGCCAUUUCCAACUUGGCAGCGAUGUCCGUGGGCGAGAAGUCAGUUAGAUUAAGCUUAAUAACUGCCUUACAACUUUUUCAUGGCAAAAUAUUCGAAAACUUCCCAAGAAAUUGUUGUUGCAUCGUUACCACUGUAUUCUAAAGGAAAAAGACGUAGAUUUCAAUACAAAUAUUUUUAAUAAGUACUAGCAAAACCUACGAAAUGUACGGUCACAUACGGUAAAUGGUAAAAUAUAGCUUAAACGCCGACACUGUUCUCAAUUCGUUUUGUAGUUAAAUAUUAGGGUUAUGAAAUGCGCACUAAAAUAUCUUACUGUAUACUUAAAAAUUAAAAAGCCCGUUUGAUGGUGAGCCUUUUCGUUGUCACUUAUGGAAUGUUUGUACACGCCCGCGAAUCAUGGAUGUGUUAAAGCAAAAAGUCAACUCUGGGCGUUAUCACUGAUUUCUAGGGCAUGCAGUUGCACAGAUCUGCAGAUGAGUAUUUUUAUAAAAGCUUCGUGUUUUCCUGAGAAUAGCGUGUUUAUUCUCAUCUGGCCCCACCUGAGUCACGCGCACUGAAAAAUAAGGUUUGAGGUUAACGAUGGUUGUUUUUGUACACAUCGGUCGCUUAGAUUAAUUCUUCCCACUAGCCAGCCAAAAACAAUUGCACAGAUAUGGUCUACCACAGGUAUGAGUACAGUAAAUCGACUGAACACAAGGCGGUGUUGAUUUCCGGCCGAAAUUGUAGACCUUUCGAUCGACGAGACAUAUUCACGGUGAAAAGUAAAGUGUAUGGCCUUUGAUGUACGCCAGCAUAUCCAAAACUAAUUAUCUGAAUUAUGGCUAUCAGUUCCCAGCAGUCUGUUCAUGUAUUACACACACUUAUUCGGAAUCCCCUUUGUUUUUGCAUCUCCUUGGCGCUCGCCCCCCUGGGGAGUCAUUUUAAUAAAUUUGCUCUUAUUCUGCCAGGGAAGGGCGCAUUUAACCUGGAAACACUUUUAUAGAUCGUAAACUGUUAGCACGCAUUUCACGCAGAUUGACAAAUGGCCUUAAUUUCAACAUUUUCGCGAAUCAUGUACUCUAGCGUAUGUCUGUAAAACGACAGUUUGUCCCCCUUUUUGAGCAAUAGCUUACUUUUAUAUGCCGCAGUUGAGGAGUAGAGCCCUUUUUUUGCAUCAGCCGACAAAACGAAGAAGCGGCUCGAGUUCACGAAAAACGACCGCACAACUUGCAAGCUCUUUACAGUCCGUUACCUUGGUCCUAGAACGUUCGCAAGUAAAACACCUUCCUCAAAAAGUAACAUAUGUAGCAAAUAUUUUCAGUUUGCCGCGAACGCCAAAUAUCUGAAUACAGGGUAUAUUACAGGUACUUCCGUAGACACAAAACAGGGUAUCACAGGCAUUUAAUACUUGUUACAAUGUCCGCCGGCCUUACUAGCUGCAUUUACUUUAUUAAACAGUCGGCAUUUGAGGCUAUUGAUUGCUAAUUGUUGGUAGAAAUCCCUUUCCUCCAUUGGCGACGUCCUCUUCCUCGUCUUCUGCCAUUUCUUUUUAACGCGAGCUAAGGUAUACUUCCACUCACAUCCUUCGGGCUACAAAUUAUUGCAAGGUCGCAUGCGGAGUGGAUGACCACCGACGGAAAUAUUGGAGUCCACCAGUAACCUCUUCCGGUGAAAUCUCCAUUCAUCCAGCGCGUGGCGUAGACCGUUAACCCUGAAGUCGUCCGUGACAGCAUCCAUGCUGCGGGUCGUGUCUUUUGCAUACCUCCACAUGUAGCUUCCACCGUCUCAGAUGACAUCAGACGACCUUUCUUGGAAAUGUUUAUUGACCUUGCCUGUCCUUGAGGUUUAUUCGAUUGCAUGACAACCCAUGCACACUUCGUUGGUUUAUCCAAAUGCGAAAUCCCUUCGCCGAGGUUAAGGGACUUUCCAAAAAGACCCCCGGACGGUGUACGCGAGCACUUAAGGAGAGUCCGUAUGGUAAAAUUAUGCAACAUAUGUAUACGGAUGACUGCCUGUCGCCUGUUGAUGAAUAUUGGGUGGUUAUCCCACGGAAGCCAAUGGAUUCCGGUUCAGCAAUUCAUACCAACUUUCAAACAGAGCCUAUAAGGCUUGAUUCCGACUGUUUGACUCCACGCUAGUGCAUUAAUUUCCGAGAAGUCUAAAAGACUGAAAUUUCAGAACUAGAGUGUCUGCCGGAAAGCGCACGGAGGAGGGGGGGGGGGGGUAAACGCUGGGGACCGCCCGCUGAGCCAAACCCCUCUCAGCUGUGUCCUGUAGCGGUAGAAUAGCUGCGAAACUUAAAAGAUUAUUUUGAACGGCCUAUCUAAGGAAAAUCUCUCGCAGUCACUGUGAAGAGCCAGCGUGUGUCUGCCGCGUCCAGGACAGAUCAAGUUUACUGUAUCAGCCAUUGCACAGAUUUUUCUCCAGUCGCCUUGAUUCAGUCUUGCCGUUGGGACAUGGCAAGAAUGAGAAGAAGCCGUGAUGCUGAUGUUCCGAAAAUCUUUCUCUGCGUGUUCCAUUUCGUGCUCGAGUCAGUUCGAAUGGGACAGCCUAACGGCAAUUCUGAUGUCUUGAAUCUUCCCCGGAGUGGCCCUGCUAGUGCAGAACAUAUCCUUUCCAAUGGUCUAUGCCGUGCCAUUCAGUUCCUCAACUAACUUCAGUGGUUGGCUGCUACCAUUCGAAUCAAACAGUUCUAGAUCAUUUUGUGUAGACAGUAUGAUGCAACGAGGUGGCCGCCUGUCGUGGGGUCUUUUUCAAUGUUCAUUUUUUUACAACUGGUCGGGUUUCGAGUUACCUUACGUAAAAUUAAUCACAGACCUGUUGUUCAGCAUUUUAAUUCCCGAAUACAAGAAAGCAGUUCUUGCCCGAUGGAAGGGUGGACGUCCACCUGCACUUAAACGAAUAGUCCUGUCGAAUUUGAAUCAGUUAGUGCUACUUGGGGGGUCUUGUACGUUUGUUCUCUGGCACUUUAAAGCGGCUAAGUAGAGAGGCGUCUUCUUCAUGUGAAAAUGCAGUUUCCUGCAGUAAGAAAAUUUGAAAAAGUCUUGGGCCAUAAUAAUCAUUUGUAUCAUGGUCAAAUCAUACUUUUGAACAAGACCAGCGAGGAGUUUCGUUACUUCUUCUGAAUGACAGGUUCAGUAGUCCACUUAUGGCAUCCCGGAGCCAGGCGGUUCCUCGCCAGAAUGCUUUUCUAUCCCCUCAUUCACUGACACCUCGUCAGAUUGUGUUGCCCGGAGGUGUCAUAAACCCAUGGGCAUUUGACGGAAAGAGUGGCGAUCGAUCUCUUCUGCACGUAAUGUGGACACUUUAAACAGCACUGUGUCACUGCUUCAUCUGGAGACCGUUAUCUUCCCCCAGAGUACCACGAACCGUAGGGAAUCCUUCCAUUUCAAGGUUAGCACUCAUGCUGGAGCUGCUCAUCGGACUGUUGUUGUAGCCCUUUUUCUUACUCACCCCGAGUGUUGGUUUUGCGCACUUGACUAUAAAGGUCAACGAACAAACUCGAGCUCGGCGCGCCUACCUGAUUGUCUCUUCGAGAAAUGCCACCUAACUGGUCUUUGAGACAGUAACAAAUGGUUGUGUAUCAUCUUUGAACCACCUACGAUGGUAAAUUGAGAUGGAACACAUCGUACCUCGGUAGCAUUAUGAACAAGACACAGAACAGCAGAAGUAUGUGGAAGUCCAAGGAUUAGGGUUCUUAGCAAAGCGAAAAAUAAAACCAAAAUGGACGUUUGGUAACAAUGAUUGUCUUAUUAAUAUCUCUGCCAUGUAAAGAUCGGUACGUGCUGUCUUCUACCUACUUUCUCAACAUGUCGGGCCGUUUAUUUAAUCAGUCCAAUCUAAUGUUGGGUUUGUGUCAACUUAAAAUUUGCAAGUCCGGUCCCUAAUUGUCUCUUAUUUCCAUGUGUAUGCUCUUCCUUUCACUAUAAGUCAGACAACUGGUUGACAUCAAUGGUAGCCGAAGCUGAUCAAGUUGUGAGAACCCCUUUCCUCUUUCCCUUGACAAUUCAUCACACUGGGUGUUCAAUGAAAUCGCGCUCCCUGACCAUCGCCAAUGAGCUUCCUUGUUCAGUAACCACUGACUGCUCUUGUAUGUGGAUCAUGGCAGGGUUUGCUGUCGAACCGGACUGUGUCCUUCCUGCCACUGUUCGGUCGAUGACUAUCACAUAGGUCGUUUUGCAUGUCUGAAAUCACCCAAUACUUCUAAUGUGUGGCAAAGCCAUCAAAGUGCCAUAUAUGAGGGUUCGAACAAAACAGCUAUAGGACAACUUUCUCGAAUUUUCCCAGUGUUAACUGCCUGAAGACUGUCUGGACGAUUUUUUGGCAAUCGAGUACCCCAGAUGCGCAUAGUUCGUAAUUUCCAGCCGCACGCGAAAUAGGCGCCCCGCUACCGCAGUUUCCAUUCUUCUUUAUCACAGUACUUCUCUUUUCCUCUCUCCCCCGUUUUCACCGAUUUUGCAGUCAUUUUGACUUGCGUGCCAACUGUAACAUCUCACUGUUCUUAAAACACAAAGUAUGUAUGUUCAUGUGUGUGUGUAUGCCCAUGGUGUCUUCUUCGAAAAUUACCCUAAUUUUCCUGCUCUAGGCAAACGCUUCCGAGACCCCACUCUCCAGCGAGCAAGGCAUCUAUUACUAUGUCACCAACCCCCAACAUUCAGGCAAGAACCCCUCUCCUGUGAAACCUCGUUCCUCCGCGCCAGUUGCCCUGAAGGUGUUUGAAGCACCGGCGCCUCCUGUUCCUCCGUCAACUCUCCCCGCAGUUGAUUUGGAUGCGGAAUGCCCCGAGCGAGAGCGAACUGUGCACUCUUCCAUGACGCCUGAUAAACCGGUAUAUACACACCUGCGCAAGCAUAUGUUGGCACACGAACUCGCGUUUUCUUCAAAAAAAUGUAAUCGGUAACUGGUUUCAUACGGGGAGAGGUCACACAAAAUACCCCGAAUAAGGUGAUGUCCAGGCGUUGCAGGGAUAUGUGGUGUAUUAAAGAUUAAGCUAGAUCCGACCGGCCAGGAACUCUGCUGCCCGAAACGUUUUCCCUGACAUCUGUUGUUUCCAUGAAUUUCGGUCGUAUUCCUCCCGAACUUGCUACAGGGAAUGCUCCUAUCCAAUUUAGGAGGAUGGGGACGGCAGACCUCAUAACACUGUACCCUGUGGAUCUUGUAAUCGCAUGGGACGCAAUCGAACUUCGAAUUGUCAUUAAAGAUAACAGCAAUCUUCGGCAUUUAUAAGGGUAUAACUAAAAACUGCUGCUCAUGCAUCUAUUUACCCAUCGUCUGGACAAGACCUCUCCCCUCUGACUGGCGUCUGGUUCGUGAGACUAGAUUGGGCCGGUGGUGGCACUUUAUGUGCGUAUCUUUCCUUAUCUGAGCUUCCACACUACUCGGUCCUGGGGAAUUCAUGCCUUUCGAAUGUUUUUUUGAAGUUUCUUCUGCAAGCAGCGCUUGCUGCACAGGAAAACAGCUACCUUACAAUUGUUUAUUCAUACAGAUACACCGCUUCUCCUGCUUGCAUAUAGCACAUAAUGCGUGGCUUGCUGCAAGUUCUUCACGCCCGGCAUCCCAUUCCCGCCUGUCAUCUGUUCGCAUUGGCUUAAAUUUAGUGUUUUGUGGAUUACAGGUCCGAAUUUCUUACUGUCGUAGUCAGUAAUUGCGACUCGAUCAGAUGGGUAGAUAGGAAAUCAGUGAUAAGCGUUUACACUCUCAAGGGCUGUUAUUGGAGGCGUCCAUAAUUAAGAUCGGUUUUGUUCACAGCUUUUGUAGGAGGGAAGAACUCCGCACCGUACUCACCCAAUUGUAGGAGACGAGAUCCCGACAAGAGCCCUUGCUACUCUCGGAGUCAAAGAGUUAGACCAUCGUGCACUGAUGCACUAAACUAGGCACGAGCGCGAUAGAAGCACGUCCAUCGUGCUAUGGCUGUAAACAGUAUUUUUCGUUCAUAUUGGACGUGGGGUUGACCUGAAGAUUCCCAGGUUACCUGAGCAACAAAUAAUCAGUCAUAUCUGUAUCUCCAGUUCUACUAACCCUUUCUUUUUUGCCCUUUCUAGGUUCGCGCCAAGUCCUCUUCUGUUGAAAAACAGCCGCAUCCGCCUACUGUGAGCGGCUGUAGUGUAAACAUACUUACAGUUCCCGGAAUGAAUCCCCGCUCCCCCAUCUCUGUUGCCGCUACUGUGGUCGUUCCCGCAUCAUCAUCAACCGUCCCGGCAGUCCCUGCCACCGCAUCCACAGUCCUGUCCCCUGUUCCCGUUCGUGCACCCUUCAGCAAGCCGGCCGAGAGCGCAACCUGCGCGCCCGUAUCCCUUGUCAGUGUCCUGGAGCCCAAGCGGCCCCGUGUUGCCUUCGUGCCAUCUUCGCAACCUCUUUAG